AUGGCCAAGAAACCAAGCAUGGGCCGCCAAAAGAUCAAGAUCGAGAAAAUCGAGGUGAAAAACCAUCUCCAAGUCACUUUCUCCAAGCGUCGUUCGGGCCUCUUCAAGAAGGCUAGCGAGCUCUGCACGCUUUGCGGUGUCGAGAUUGCCAUCAUAGUCUUUUCUCCGGCCGGCAAGGUCUUCUCAUUCGGUCACCCGAACGUCGAGUCCAUAGUCGACCGGUUCUUGACCCGAGGCCCUGCCCAUGGCCCGAGUGGCCCGGGCCCAUUCCACCUAGUGGAGGCCCAUAGGAACGCGAGCGUUCGUGAGCUGAACUUGCAACUGGGCCAGAUCCUGAACGAGCUAGAGGCCGAGAGGAAAAGAGGGGAGGAGUUAGACGGGAUGCGUAAGACUGGCCAGAGCCACUAUUGGUGGGAGGGCUCGAUCGACAAAUUGGGCCUGGACGAGCUCGAGCAGCUCAGGGAUGCAAUGGAGGAGCUGAAGAGGAAUGUGGCCAGUCAGGCCGCCAGGAUGGCAGCUGGGCCAACCGGCCCAAUUUAUGGGCCCGGUGGGAUUUUUGAUCAGUAUGAGAGCAAACCGGGUCAAGGGGUUAGUAGGCUCGGGCUUGGCGGACCGGUCGGGAACGGGUUCGGGUAUUGUCAUGGGUUUUUCUGA